AUGGGCAACGAACCAUGGCUCGACAGUCUGUCCGACGACUGGCCCUCAGCGCCUGCGACUCCUACGACGCCUGGACCGGCCAAAUCCUUCCUUGCCUCUUCUCCUCGCCGUGCACAGGAUUCCCCCAGUCGCAUUCCAGUGGCUGCCCGCCGAUCUGUGGCACAACAGUCAUCCCCGGUUGAUCACUCGAAAAAAGUGACCCGACCAUGUCAUUUCAUUAGGAGAGAACCUCCGACCCCCAAGACCCGUCGAACCCCCAAACCCAGGACGCCCGUGAAGCCUCAGUCAACGACACCCGCGAAAGCCAGAUCAGAUACCCCAAAGUCCUCUCCGAAGCCGUCUCCGAAGCCAAUCCCGAGACCAACACCAAAGCGCAGCCCGAGGCCGAGCUCGGGUGCGGCAGGCAAACAACCGGUAAACAUGGACACGCGCUCCCCAUUACGAUCGGUCUCGAAUGUUUCCAGCACUCAAUCGGAGUACCAGAGCACAGACACCGUGCAGAUUAAGCCGAAGAAGGGUCAAAAUGGAGGAGGAGCUACACCAGAAUGGCGGAAGCGCCUAGUGCGCGGGGAGAUUUUGGCGGCCGAACAACGCGACUUGUUUGCGCCAAUGGGUCUCGAGAGUGUCUUUAAGCCACCCUCGCCUGGCUCGGGAGUCGGCCAGCAAGAUUCCAUCCCGUUUACGAGACAGGACGAUCAAUUAUGGGAAUUCACCGACGCGACUUCUCGGCGCGGGAGCGCGAAUGGGGAAGAUGGGGAGAACGAGAGUGUGCCAGAACAUCUCGAGGAUGAAUUUUCAGGUCCUGGAGCAGAAUCGCCUAUGGGUACAGUCAAUCGAGCCCCAUGGGCAGAGAGACCGCCAUUCGACACGGACUUGACCCAAGAGGGACAUUCACAAGGAGAAGACACGGGCAUGCGAACCGCGAGCGGACUCGAGGAUCUUCGCAAUGAAGGAAUUACACCGAUCACAUUCACUCGACCGAAUACCCUUGAUGGUGGAGCCGCCUCGGAAGUGAUCAAGUCUGCGCUCAAGCAGGUCACAAACAAACUUGAAAGUUUGUCCAUUGACCCUGACAACCGGCCCGAUUCACCGGCUAGCGACAGCUUCCUCUUUUAUAACCACAGCGAACCCCGAUUCGGCGACUCACCGAGAGAUGACAGCCUGCUGGAUGUGACCAGUCACUCCUUGCCGCAGGACCUUUCGAUGGGCACGGUCGACUUUAACCGCCGCGGUGCCGGUCGUGCUUUCCACCACCGGUUCUCUCCUUCCCCAUACCCUUCCCACCGCAAACUACCUGCAGCCCUCGCAAACACCAAAAUUCGCAGCUCUCCUCUCUUCAGCCGUUCACAGACAAACGGAUCACCCGCCCUACCUCGCCCUUCUUCCUCGCACGUGCGUCCUUCGACGUCCGGGGAUGCUACAUCAAAAGAGGGAACCAUGCCUUCGUCGGGCAGUCCCCUCAAAUUGUUUGGUGAGCACGACACUUUCACAAACAACCGACUUUUGCGACGCAUGAGCCAGUUUGAAGAAACCUUCGGCGACGGUUCAGACGGGGAUGAGCCACCAUCACCAUCGGAGGAAGCCCGUCGCAAAGGCGAGAGUCGCAGCUUCCUGAAUGCUCGGCACGAGCCGCUCAAUGAAAUCUCCUCAAGACUGAACGAGCGGCUGGCGUCGCGAAACGCGAAUCGCCCUCGCAUAAGUCGAUUCGGGGACGGAGAACUCGACAAAUUUGAUUUUUCGGACGCCAGUCCUUACGAGAACAAGUUGGUCUAUGACGAAAUCCAGGGAUUUGGAUCUCGGCCUGUUUCACGGAAGCGAUCGUCAGGCCGGCAGCAAUAUCUGCGGCGGCCAUCUCAGAAGCUUGACUCUCUUCGAUACGCGAGGUCUGCUAGCUCCGGUUUUACUCGAAAACCAUCGGCCUGGACCAGACAGAGCUACUUUGAUCACCAGCGGAAUGUGACAGGAUCAUCUCGGCCUAAUGGGAAAGAGAAUGUCGGGUCUCCCGAAACAAAAAGAGUGCCCAAAGCAACUCCCGCGGAUCCUCGCCCCAAACGCCGUCGAACAAUAUUGCGAGAGGAUAGCGCUGAACCUGAACAACCACGUACUCACGGUGACUCACCCUCAAAAUUCGGUGACAGCAUGUCGUUGCUGCAGCGAAGCUUGAUGCAGCACGGGAUGCAAUUUGAGAAUGGAGACUACCUUGCACCUCCGGGUAUCUCGCAAUCAAUGCAGCGUCCAAGAACGCCGACUCCGAGUCAAAUUCGAUCAUCCCACGAAUCGAAGAUCGCACCGAGUGGAGAGUACUCGGAAGCGAACUACGAUGAGCUUGACUAUUCUGACUCCUUUUCUCUCGAGGGCGACAUUCCUCUUGUCAAGAUAACCGGCACUAGCGACUCGUCCCGGAAGGGUUCAAUCACUACCCAGGACUACCUCAACGAGGCCACGAAGAUUAUGGAUUUGAUCCGUUCCAAAGGCCGACCCGCGGCGGGGUUGACAAGUGUGCAGGAGUCUGAUCCGGACAGCGAAGACGGGGAUCUUAGCUUCGAAGACGAAUCCACGCGAGAGGCCUUCUCUCGUCCUCCUAGCCGAGAUGGAACCGAUUUGCGAAAGCAGCGCGAGCCGAAAGAGCUGAACCCUCAAAUUCUGAACUACUUGAAAAAGUACCAGGAAAGAGAAGAUUUAGAAUUUGGGGCAAAUGAGUCUGUCAUGUCAUUGAAAGUGGAUGGUCAGCUCAAGCCGGAUACCCAACUAUCCCGAGGACUGGCACCUGAGCAGAGGAAGCGAAAGCCCAGCGGAUCGAUGUAUGACGUUGCGGAGGAUAUCGCUCAUGAUUUGAUGACCAUCAACACUCAAAUGUCUGGCUUCAGUGUUCGCUCCGUUCCGACUGGAUCUUCGCAGAACUCUUCCGCAAAGGGAAUGCUGUCGUCAGAUCUCGUUGCGCAUUUGAUCCCAGAAGAGGUUAACGGUUUUGUAUAUGAUCGAUCGAAGCAUCAAUGGGUGAAGGACGAUGCAAAGCCGCCGGAGCCCGCGACUCGUCACCGAGAUGAUCUUGAUGACCCUUUCCAGGACAUUCCAGAUUUGAGUGUAGAUGAGCUUCAGGAAAUGAUGCGAGUCUAUGGUCUCAGCUCUCCUGCAAAGAGUCAGGCUGGGGAUCAGACUGAGAGUCAGCGUCAGCCACCAAGUGCCACCGCUUCCCCCGUCAAACCUGACCAACGGCCACACACAAGGGAUGGAUCUGCCAAUGCAAGCUUUCUACAGUCUCGGAGCACGCCCUUCACGUCGAGCGUUCCCAACUCAGGCACCCGAGCAACAUCAUGGGGGACGGAUGACAUUUCUGAAAAGAAUCGGGUUCCAGGGAAGUCCUCUUUACGAGGGGCCGCUGGUACAACGUCUGAACAACUGCCGAAAAAGUCACGCGUUGCGACAAUCUCCUUCUCGUCACCUCUCGUUUCCCAUGUUGCCUAUCGAGAUGAUCCGAACGAGUCAGAGCCAAGCACCCAGCAAGAAGAGUCAAAAUAUGAACCUUCCGGCCCGACCGAUCAGAAAGGGGGCCCUGCACGCUCGUCUCUACCCCCAAGGCAGCGCGAAACUUCUCUUGCAGGGCAACCAUUCGUUCGACGACCUGUCUCUCGAAUCGACGAGCGCAAUGAGGAGGGUGGAGACGAUCUCAGUCUUGUUCGGUUGAAUGAUUCCCCAGGUGCGACGGAUGCGACGGGGGCAACUACUACAGAGCAAUCGCUGGUUCCCGUUCUAUCCCCUGAGCAGGAAAACAGCUACAGCUUCCACCUCAGCCCACUGCCAGAUUUCUCUGUCAACCAACCUGAUCGACCUUUGAAUCUGGAAAUGAGCUAUGUGGCCCAGCGAACAAACCCGACGUCCCUUAGACAAGUGCACGGAACCUUUGCACUUGCAACAGAAGACUUGGUCAAGCACAUCACGGAUGUGGAGCCGUAUGAGCCAUACUGGGAGCAUGUUCGUCGCCUGGUGCUACGACAGAAGGGGCUGAUCACCUUGCACAAGCUGAAUCACUUUUGUCCCCGCCUCGAGGAUCUUGAUGUGUCUGACAAUGACAUUGGCCAAUUGAGUGGCGUUCCUUCAAGCCUCCGGACCCUCAAAAUCCCCAGGAAUUGCCUCUCUAACUUAACCCCAUGGAGCCACUUGACCAACCUGCAAUACCUGGACAUUUCUGGAAACGAUAUCGAGACCCUGGAUGGCUUCUCCAGUCUUAUUCAUCUGAGAGAGUUGAAGGCGAAUGACAAUCAAAUUCGGAACAUUGACGGGAUUUUGGAGUUGAAUGGGCUGUUGAGUUUGAAGCUCAGCAACAACUCGAUGACAGCUGUGGACUUUGAAGGAACUGAGCUGACCCGACUUCGCGAUCUUGACUUGAGUCACAAUUGCUUGACAUCUGUCCGCAACAUUGAAUGGCUCCCGUCGCUUGCGACUCUUGAUCUUAGCGCCAACCAAAUCACUCGGUUCGAGUCCCCAACUGCUCUUAUCAGCCUUCGUGCCCUGAGACUGUCGGGAAAUCGAUUGGACGUGCUUGACGUACAAAACUUCUCGUCUGUGAACCUUCUCUAUCUCGAUCAGAAUUGCCUGUCUACCAUUGCGGGCCUGGAGCAUUGUCACAAUUUAGAGGUCCUCUCAGUCCGCGAGCAGACGCCAGCCUCUCGUGACGAUUCUGAUUUUGCUCUGGAUAUUGACCUGGGCCUAGUCAAAGACGUUCGAAAAGUAUUCCUUUCAUCCAACAAGCUCUCUCGUGGAUCUAUUACCCCGACAACCCCUCUCUUACGACUUCAACUUCUCGACAUCGCUGCUUGCGCGCUGAAUGCUCUUCCUUCCGAAUUUGCGUCACGCUUCCCCAACCUGAAGGUGUUGAACAUGAAUUUCAACUCGGUCACGGAUCUGGAGCCCUUAGUAGGCAUGAACUGCUUGUCUAGGUUGACCGUUGCUGGAAACCGACUCGCGAGGAUGCGACGCGUUUGCCAAAUUUUGAGUCGUCUUGGAAGAGCAACCAAGGGAAACACUUGUUCCCUUCGCAAGCUUGAUAUACGGGGUAAUCCUCUUACAAUCGGAUUUUACCCUCCGGCUCUCACUGGAAACGGAUCAAAUGCAGAUCGCAAGAAAUUAAAGGACCAGGUCAACGCAGUCAUUCCACAACAGGAGAACCGCCGAGACUUGUCUGACGCCCUCGCUGAUCUCGACCACAACGACCAGGUUGCUCAUGCAGUUAGCUGGGAUGAGGGGUCCAAGCCCGAUCGGGAUGUGGAAGUGAACGAUCCUUUCACUCUUCCGCCCGCGGAUGCACAGGCGGAUGAGAAAUAUCUCCUUCGCUUGGAUCGUGCGACUCGUAUGCGCCGAAGUGUACUUGAGCUGCUUCUCUAUGCGGGAACCAGCGGGUCAUUGCAUCAUCUCGACGGGUUGGAGCUGCGACCAUCAUUGGGCCAAGACAAUCCAGACAUGGGUCAAGCCUGGACAAAAUUGGAGGAGCUGGGCGUUCUUCGUCGAAAGGCAAUUAAAGAUAAGGAGUGA